UUAUAAGCGCACGCACCACAGCAGCUCUCAAGAGGACAUUACUUUUGUUCAGCACCAUUUGUCUAAAAUAGCAUAAUAUCAUGAAAGUUCUAUUUGUUUUGGCGCUGUUGAUUGCAGCUGCUGCGUCUUUGCCACAAUUUGGUGGCUUCGGUGGCCCUGGAUUUGGUGGUGGAUUCCCCCGUCCAGGUUUUGGUGGCGGCUUUGGUGGUUUCGGCGGACCAGGUGGCGGUCCACCUUUUGGUGGUUUCGGCGGACCAGGUGGCGGUCCAGGUUUUGGUGGCGGCUUUGGUGGUUUCGGAGGUCCCAGAGGUCCCGGAUUUGGUUUUUAAGGCUGAGGCAACGGUUAUUUUAAAAAGCCGACAAUGAAAUUUUGGUUUAAAAUGUUUAUUCAUUUUGCAAUUAAAUUUAGUCAAAGUAUGUGUUUUAUUUUUUUGUUGU